AUGGUGUACCUGCAAGGCGGCGACCAUCGGCCCUUCCUCGAGACCGGGUUUCCGGCAGCGAGGUUCACGGAGAUGCACGAGUCAACACUAACUGAAACGGCGCGCCGGGCGUCACGAUGCCGUUGGAGUGUAGAGGGAUCCGGAGCCGACGAUGGUUCCGUAUACUUUAUCCUUGUAUUUAGUCGCGUUGGUAACGACGGCGGCAUGCUCAUGCCAAGGCGCCUCAAGUCGGGCGUCAGGCCCACGAUCGCUCACAGCGGCAAACUCGUAACGCCACCGUUGAAGUCGAACAACAGCGCGAACAAGGGCGCCAGCAGCCAGCUCAAAGUUAAUGGGAAGCCGUUCGUCUCAACAUUCGAAGGCCCAACCUGGACCGACAACUGA